AUGCCCAUGUCAUCCGCUUUCAAUAAUAACAUGCCUGCCUUAAAUCAGAGCCCUUCUGUCGAAAAGGAAGUCGAUCCUGAGACAAUUGACGAAAAAUCAGCUGGCGAAACUGAUGUCAUACUCGACCCAAAGAAAGAAGCAAAGCUGUUAUUCAAGCUAGAUUGUGCCUUCGUGCCAAUUAUCAUGUUCACAUUUAUGACCUGUUUCCUGGAUCGAUCGAAUAUCGGGAAUGUCAAGGUUGCCAAUAUGCCAGAAGACAUUGGUGCUUCUACCACCCAGUUUGCUACCGCAGUCUCUAUCUUCUAUGCGACAUAUGUCGUAUUCGAAGCACCUUGGGCAGUUCUCAUGAAGAAGCUCACGCCUCGAAACAUUCUGACUGGUUUAUGUAUCGUGUGGUCGCUGACGACUAUUUUUACUGGUUUUAUUCAGUCAGUAGGGUCGUUAUACGCGACUCGACUUAUUCUGGGCGUUUGUGAGGCUGGACUAUUCCCCUGCUUGAACUUGUAUCUCACGCUUGUCUAUCGUCGGGAGGAGCAGGCAAAGCGUGUCUCGUACCUCUUCAGUAGUACCGCUAUCUCAGGUGCGGUGGGUGGUCUUCUAGCAUAUGGCCUGUUGCAGAUGGAUGGUGUUGCAGGCAAGGCAGGAUGGAGAUGGGUUUAUAUGAUCGAAGGGAUAUUCAGCUUUGUCUGUGCUUUUAUCAUCUGGUUUGGACUACCAAAUGAUCCUGAAAAGGCAUAUUUCCUCACGGAAGAAGAGCAAUGGAUGAUGCGUGUACGGAAUGAGCAGCGUCGCAGAUAUAUGGGUAGCGAAGAAUUUAGCUGGGAGGAGAUUCGCAUCGCUGCGACGGAUCCGAAACUUUACCUCUCCGGACUGAUCCAAUUCUGCCAGGACAUCCUACUCUACGGAUUCAGCACAUUUCUCCCAACUAUUCUGAAGGGAAUGGGAUAUAGCACACUCAUGAGCAAUGUCCUGACUGUGCCAGUUUACAUCUGGGCAGGUAUUGUCUUCAUCACUGUAGCCUUCUGCGCAGAUAAGUACUCAAAGUUUGCAUCGUACAUCUUCGGUGUCAACAUUUCUGGCAUCAUCGGCUAUAUUCUGCUAUUAUCAGUGAAGAACAAAAGUGUCCAAUACUUCGCCACUUAUCUGUGUGGUAUAGCCGUAUACUCAUCAGUGGGACUGAACGUGACCUGGAUCAACGUCAAUGUGGCUGGUCAACACAGACGGGCGAUGGAGAUUGGUCUCCAGCAGACAAUGGGGAAUAUGGCCGGAAUCGUUGCCGGUCAGAUUUAUCGUUCAUACCCCUACGUGCUUGGAAACGCAUUCUCCUUGGGUGCGUUGGUCAUUGCACAGUGCCUUGUGAUCGGACUUUGGUUUUAUCUGAAGCACCAGAAUAAGAUCAAGGAGCAGGUACUCAAUGGGGAGAGGGAAGAUACCCGACGAGUUCGUACUGGUGAUGGUGACGUGGAAUUCAAGUACAUUUACUGA